UCUCGGUUUAUGCUUUCAGACUGUUUUGGCUUUUAACGAAUAUGGUGUUUCAUGCAUUUUUCUGUUUAUGUCUGUGGCUUUUGGGAGGUGUGUCUGAUGUUUAUACAGAUGAAACCAUGACGAUAUCAGUCAUGGAGGGAGAUUCUGUCAUUUUAAACACCAAUGUUACUGAACUACAGAAAGAUGAUCAGAUACUGUGGUCAUUUAGACUUCAGAAUUCAGAGACUCGUAUUGCUGAAAUCUAUAAACAGAUCAUCUCUAUAUAUGCUAGUGGUGAGAAUGAGAGAUUCAGAGACAGACUAAAGAUAGAUGAACAGACAGGGUCUCUGACCAUCACAAACAUCAACAGACUACACUCUGGACUUUAUAAACUACAGAUCAUCAGUGGAGUGAUCAAACACAUGAGCUUCAGGAUUGCUGUCUAUGGCAUUCUGCCUGUUCCUGUCAUUAUCAGAGACUCUUCACACAAUUUUUCUUCAUCAUCAGGAUCAUCAGCGUCCAAAUGUGUGCUGCUGUGUUCAGCUGUGAAUGUGAGUGAUGUUACUCUCUCCUGGUACAAAGGAAACAGUUUAUUGUCCAGCAUCAGUGUGUCUGAUCUCAGCAUCAGUCUCUCUCUACCUCUGGAGGUGGAAUAUCAGGAGAAAAACACCUACAGCUGUGUGCUCAACAAUCCCAUCAGUAACCAGAGCAGACAUCUGGACAUCACUCAACUUUGUCAGCCAAAUUCAGAAUCCAACCAAACUUCACUUGUUCUUGUUGUGUUGCUCUUGCUCUUGCUGCUGCUAGUGGUCCCAGCUGUAGUUGUGUUGAUCUGUCGCCGCAGAAACUACACACAAGCAAAACAAGAGGCUCAGAGUAAUGAGGAGGAGGUUGAUUAUACUGAUGCGACAUUUAUUAAACAUGGAGAUCAGGAUACGGGGUCUAAUGGACACGAUCGGACGGUGUAUUCAGAAGUUGUUUUGCGACGAUGAUCAUGUAGACUGUAUUAUCAUACACCUCGGUUUAUUACAGGGCAGAGCAUGUUGAGGUGUAUAUCAGCAUGUAGCAAAGUUCAAAACCCCAGUUAAACUCCAAAUGCACUGGUUGUAGCUACAAAUGACUGAAUUUCAGCAUUUAAUUGAAGUAAUUUCUAAAAAUUUUUUUUUGAUCUUUAUUAAGAAAGACCACGUCACAUUUAAGGGAUUUUCAUAUACUCGUAAACAAAUACAAUAAGGUCAAAUGUGUUCUGUACUGUGGGAUGCUUGUAUAAUCGCUGUGCUAAUGGCUCCCUCUGCAGACUCUUUGUAACACUUACAGGUUGGUAUAAUGGGUUUGGCUCUCUGCUGGUAGAUAACCAUAUGUGGGACAAAAAGCUAAAUUUUCCAAAUGAAGGAAAAUGAAUUUUCAAAACUUUCAAAAUUUCAAAUAACUGCCUUUUGAAAAGUAUUCUGAAAAAGCAAUUUCAGCACUCCUACUUGGAAGAUAAGACCAUUAACACAGGUCAUUUUUAAUUUAUU